AUUGUUUCUUCUGUAUUGAAAGUGCAUUUCUUUUGCUUCGUUCAGAAGGCUACACGUUUCGGAAGUUUGGAUUGUUUGGAGUGUAUCGUUAUUACCGGCUGCAAAAAUUGCCGAUAAAAUCUCAACUGCAGUGAAAACGGUGGCUUCGAGGGUGUAAUUGCCAAUUGUUGACAAUUUAAUUAAAUCACCAAAGUGGAUUCCCUACCUUGGAGCAUCAGCAUCCCGCUGUAACACCAAAGGUUGAACGACUGAAGCCCUCAAAGUUUUGACCACGAAUUGGGAGUAAUCGUAGCCUACGAUCAGUGCAUGUGGCUGCAGCUAGCAUUCGUUACAGUUAUUUUUCGCUCACGAUCCCCUUGAUCCGCGGCUAUCCGUGAGAUAGAGCCGCAGCUGAGAAGAGAACAGGAAAACAACAAAAUCGCAAAGAAAACAAACAUAACAGCAACAUUUACUGUGAAAGGAAGGAACUGUAUUGAGGGGCGUGUUGCGCUAUCUCGCAAACGGGGAUGCUUUGCAGAUCAGGAACCUAGAUAAACUUGAAAACUAGAACCGGUGGAAAGCAUACUGGAAGAAAGCAAUCGAACGAUAGAGAGAGGAAAAACUGGUAUCGGAAGGCUAACCAACCACCAACGCGUGGCAGCAUAGUUCCAGUUUCACAUAGCACACAGUCUGCAAAAGGUAGGCGCAGUGAAGACUUUCAGCUGGCUGGCUCACGGCUCGGUCCUGGUUGGAAGAAAGAGCGGACGAAGUGCCGUUGUUUUACUUCUGGCAUUGUCUGUUGUGAUCGCAAGAAUAUUAACAGAACAGAAAAAUGUCGUCAAACGGUUCGUACAACCUAACCGUCGACGGUGAGCUUCGAUACGUCGUUCAGUGGUUCGGAGAGUGGAGUGAUUUCCAACGAGAAGACUUCGUGCCGUACCUGGUAUCUUAUCUGUCCCAGCAAGUCGGUGGAGGUGCUGUGUACGUAAACGGACUCAUCAGCGCAAUGGCACAGAUUAACCCCGGCCAGGACAAACCGAUGAGCUUGUUUCAGUGCAGGGUAAAAUUGUUCAACGAAUGGUGCAUCAAAUGGCCGGAAGAGUUCAAAGCAAAGCUUCUCGAUCGUCUAGAGCAGAUUGAUAAUGCAUUUGGCACACGAAUACGUACAGAGCUGACGAAUGGCACGAAGCCGAUGAACGGCUGCAUGGAGGAAACAGGCACACAACUGGCAGAUGCUGACCCAAUGAGAUCUUUGGACGAAGAAUCAGAGCCAACCGCAUUGAUCGUGAAUGUUGAAUCGGCUGUAGCAGCACCAAAUGCCAUUCUCGUUGCAGAUGAAGACUAGAAGCGUUAACUGUACGAUAGCAUGAUAUCAAGAUUACAUUUCGGUACCUAUUCAUGGUCGGCUGUUUGAAAGCAGAACCGUUCGUGAGCAGUGAGCAUUUUCGUGGCUAUGCCAUUACAGUUGUGUAGCAUAUCGCAACAAAUACUAAUAUUUAUUAAUUACUGAUCGUUAAAACUAGCCAUUCCAGCAGAUAGGGGAGGGAAGGAUACCGUAUCCUCUAUUCACAGUUCACAAUUGCAUUAUUUAAAUAUUACAUUUUUUUUUCCUAAACCAUUCCAACGGUGGUUUUGUAGGUAACUGUUAAAAAGCGACGCGAAGAAUCUCGCAUUCGUAGUGUGUGGAACAAGAAUCGAAUAGUGGAAAACAUGUAGACAGCAUUAACACUUUCUCAUGCCAUACACAAUCAAACAGUCAAGCUUUGGCUGUACAGAAGAGCAAACCUGACUGAGGAACGAAGCAUGUUCCAAUGUUUUCUUUUUUUGAGAGAACCAGGAACACAAAACCACACAGUUAAUUGCAUUAAAAUGGGGUUUCCUAGAAUGCCACCUGUCCAAGCGUGAUCGUUCUUCCGUUUACCGUUUAUUGUACGACUAGUGCGUAAGAUGCAUAUUGUGCGGAAUAAAAUAUACAUAUUAACAAUCCCUUCA